CAAGACAUCACCAUCAGUCUAAAAUGAUGUUUCGAUACAAUAGUCGUCCAAAUACUUGGACGAGACGCAACCUAAGCUAACUGGAACUUUGCAUCCGCGAGCACUUUCACCUCCAAGCUGAGCGCUUGCAUUUCACUUUUCAUGGCGUUGAAGAGGUGGAUAUGCCCGUCUUGAUCUUGGGCUACCAUCAGCAACGCGUUGGUUUCCCCCGCUUCCAAGUCAGAUUGGUAUAUCGACGCCCGCUUCGUUGGCCCCGAUGCGUUGAGCUGCGACUGGCCCGCGGACGCCAGGCCUUUGGACGCCAUGGCUCGGAUCACAGUCGGGUGUUCCGGCAGUCCAAACCGAAUGGUCUGGCUCGUGAGGAACCAUUGGAUCGUGCACAGCGACCGCGCCGACAUGGACGCGACCUGUCCCUUGUAGUCUGGGACGUUCACAAAUCGGAACCCAACGUCGGCGAUGACCGACGUCGAGUUGUACAUGAGCUGCCGACCCAACGAAUUCUUGCUGACGUGGCGCCACCACGUGUGGUUCACGACCCAGUCCAACGUUAGAAUGAUAAAUAAGUUGACAAACAUGAUCAUCAUCAGGCUUGGGUACCCCCGCAUGAGCGUGCUGUUGAACAUGUUUACAGCGAUACCGUCAAGGUUUUGCUGGGUCGAUGUCACCUGAGCAACGUCGGCCAAGCCGUAGUCAAGAAUGUGGUUGCGCAGGGCAAGGAUGAGCCCUGCAAUGUAGACAAACCCGGGGCUGCUAAAGUUCAAGUACGCGACCAACCGGUUUCGACCUGUGUACCGCGUGGAGUUGGUGAAGUUGACCACCCAUUUGAUGGCCUUGACAAAGAAGCAGUUGAGCCACAUCCACCGAAA